AUGUCAAAUUUCGUAGACGUGAAGAAUGUUGAGCCAACCCACUUUGAAGAACAACACUACGACGAAUAUGAAUACUACAACAUUUCAGAAAAAUACACAAGUAAGAAUCAGUAUUUUUUUAUGCUUGUUUGUGCAAUGAAUUAUCAAGUUAUGAGCAGCAAAUAAUGGUCGCCGCAAAAAAAAUAGAAGAAUCAUUCAAUUUCAAUGGUUCGGCGGCGUUUGUUCUAUGAAGAAUGCUGAAGUUUCCAAACUCCUCAACAUGUCGCAAGUGGCACAUGUUGACUUCUACAAUGUUGCAUUGGGGGCAAGUGGGUGUGUUUUUUGUUUUUCAAGUCUCACAAUCUGAACUGUGAACUCGCACUGUUUCCAGGUGGCGCUAGCCGCAAGGGGAGGACAAAGAAGGAAGCCAGCGACAACACCAACCGACCCAACCCCGGAGGCCACGAGCGCAAACUCGUAGAGAAACUACAGAACACUGAAAAGAAAGCCAAGGCGUGAGUAAAUUGAGGUAAGGUCCCCCCAUCUUUGUAUGCACUUCACAAUUUAAACAUGGAUUCUGACAUCUGGGGCUCAGGUGUGGGACAAAAUAUAAAGUUAGCCUUUUUGGCCUACUAAAUACUAUUUAAAGGCAUUGUUUUGUUCCUAUCUUGGUACUAGGUUCCUACCACCCUUAAGUGCUCCCACGUAGCAAACGGUCAAGUAGGCAGAACCGUAACCAAAGUGCAUUUGUCUUUCCUUUCAGGGCAAAUCGGACAGCUAACCCUGGCAACCGACCAUGGCCGCCUUGGCGACAGAACAAGAUGGGCAGACAGACGGUGAACGCCAAUGUAGAGGGGGGUGAAUAUGACGACGGAUUACAUGCUGCCAAUGAGUUUGACUGUAGCUUCAGCGAAGGGGAU